AUGACAGAGGCUUGGACGCCGGCGCAGCGCUACGAAUUGAUUACCCGAGGCAUCGAGGAAGUGCUUGGCGGGGAUGCCAUAAAACAGAUCCUCGAACAAAAUGAGCGUCCAGUGCGGGCUUACUGGGGUACGGCACCUACGGGUCGCCCCCACGUCGGCUACAUGGUGCCUCUCACAAAACUCGCUGACUUUUUGCGCGCAGGCGUGGUAGUCAAGGUGCUGUUUGCUGACAUUCAUGCUUUCCUCGAUAACAUGAAGGCGCCUAUCGAGCUCGUGAAACACCGCGCUAUCUAUUAUGAGAAGAUCCUGGUAUGUGUUAUGAAGGCUAUCGGCGUGCCGACAGACCGCCUCACUUUCGUGCUGGGUUCUUCGUACCAACUUUCUGAAAAUUAUAAUUUUGAUGCCUACCGUCUCGCUGCGGUCGUUACGGAGCAUGAUGCUAAGAAGGCUGGUGCCGAGGUUGUCAAGCAGGUUGCUAGCCCUUUGUUGAGUGGCCUCCUUUACCCCGGCUUACAGGCGCUUGACGAACAAUACCUGGACGUGGACUUCCAAUUCGGUGGUGUUGACCAGCGCAAAAUUUUCACGUUCGCUGAGCAGUACCUGCCGAAACUUGGCUAUAAAAAGCGCUCACACCUGAUGAAUGCUAUGGUUCCUGGUAUGAAUGGUUCCAAGAUGUCGUCGUCGGAUGUUGACUCGAAGAUUGACUUCUUGGACUCACCGAACGAUAUCUCCCGGAAGAUCAAGGCUGCCUAUUGCAUGGAGGGCGAAAUUGAAAACAAUGGUGUGCUCGCUUUUGUGGGGUCUGUGUUGAUGCCGAUUGCUCGUAUGCGCUUCGAAAUGAACCCAGAUGGGCUCCAGCAGGAAGGCUGCUCUCGCUCAUUUGUGGCGGAGGAGGCCCCCAAGGGCACACUCUUUAGCAUUAUGCGCCCAGAGAAGUUUGGUGGCCCAAUUUUCUAUUCAAAGUACGAAGACUUGGUUCAGGACUUUAAAGACCGAAAGGUGCAUCCAGCGGAUCUAAAGCCUGCUGUCGCCCAGGCCCUGAACACGCUACUAGAACCAAUCCAGAAGAUGGCUUCUGAGGAGGAGUUCAGAAAAAUCAAGGCUCAAGCAUACCCCGAGGAAGAGCCUAAGGCCAAGAAGAUUAAAACCAAGAAGUUGAACCCUAUGAUUGCGCCCUACUUUACGAAGGAGGAAGGAGGCUCAGCUGAGACCCCCGAAGAGGCUGCUGAAAAUGCCAAGGCGGCUGGCUUUGAAUACAAACAGCGCAAGGGCAAGAAGGCCGCCCCAAGUGCUGAAGCUUCAAGCUCGGCAGCUCCUGCUGAGCAAAUGCAGAAUAUGUCCGUACAGCCGUAG